AUAGUGUAAACGUUACUUUCAUACUUCAUUUGAGUUCGGCCAUCUUUAGUAAAAAUUAGCAAAGAAAAUUAUAUUAUAAUUAAAUAAAAUUGAAUUGGUGCUCAAUGUUUAAUAGUUGUUGAUAACUGAACAUUACUUUUUAAACUAGUGUAUUAUAAUGGGUCGUAAGAAGAAGAAGUUGUCAAAACCUUGGUGCUGGUAUUGCAAUCGAGAAUUUGAGGAUGAGAAAAUCCUUAUACAACAUCAAAAGGCCAAGCAUUUCAAAUGUCACAUAUGCCACAAAAAAUUAUAUACAGGACCCGGGCUUUCAAUACAUUGUAUGCAGGUCCAUAAGGAAACGAUAGAUAAGGUUCCUAAUUCAUUGCCAAAUCGUUCUAAUGUUGAUAUUGAAAUAUAUGGGAUGGAAGGAAUACCUGCAGCAGAUUUACGGGAACAUGAAAGACAAAAACAAGGAAGUAGGCCACCAAAUGAUUCAGGCUCUGAUGAUGAUGAACCAGCGGUUAAAAGACCUAAACCAGAGGGGCUUUUAGGUAGUGCUCCAGGAGUUAUGCAAGGAGUGCCUAAUAUGAUGCCCGGAAUGAUGCCACCUCCAGGAAUGCCACCAGGUAUGCCUAUGGGUCCAAUGAUGCAAAUGGGACCUAUGGGACACCAUUUCAUGCCACAUCCAGGCAUGCAAAUGAUGCCUGCUGCACACAUGCAACAAAUGAUGCAGAACCAAGCAGGUCCACCAAAACCCCUAUUUCCUAGUGCUAUACCUACCUCGUCACCUGGUGGUCCUGGAACACCAGUAGUUGGAGCCGAUUUUAAGCCAAUAUCAUCAGCUGCUACAAUAAGUGCGCCACCAACGACAAAUACUCCAGGAGGUAGUAGUAGUUCCGAUAGUAGUAAGGUGUCGACUAUAACGACGUCUAGUGCCACUAGUAAAAUAAUACAUCCUACUGAAGAUACAUCACUAGAAGAAAUUAGAGCCAGAAGUUCAAAAUAUGCCAAAAACAUUCCAUCAAAAACAGAUGAGGGACCUUCUAGUUCCAGUAAUGCUGCUUCAGAGUUGGCAAUAGCAGUAUCGGCAGCUCAACAAGCGGCAGCUCAACAAAAACACGUAGAAGCUAUGAAUCAUCAUGCAGCAAUGAUGCAGAGGUUCCCAGUUAGAGUCACAGGUCCACCCAUCGGUAUGACAAUGGGAGGACCUAUAAUGGCACCUAUGAGGCCACAAAUGAUACCUGGGCCUCCAACGCUUCUAGGAGGGCCCCUUAUGAGACCACCACCUUUAUCUAUGCCCCCAGGUAUGAUUGGAAUGCCACCAGGUAUGAUGUAUGGUACACCUAUGUUUCCCGCAGGACCUGUGCUGAUGCAACCACGUUUCAGAUGAUCUCCGAUGUACCUCGUUUAUCAUCCGCAAGUUUAAGAAUAAGUCAAAAAUUAUUAACGUUAGGGUUCAAUUGUUUUUACUUGUUGACCACAACUUUUUAUUCAUUUUUUUUUUCACUUAUAACCCACCGAUUUUCUUGCGAUUAAGGUACAGACAAAAGAAAUCGAUUAGAUUACUUUAAUUCAUUUUUGAACCUUUGUAGUAGGUGAUAAAAGGAAUUGAGGAUAAUAUAUAGCGGAUAAACGGGAUUAAAUUUUUUGAUAGGGCUUAUCACAUAAGGACUAUUUUUUAUCCUAGUUGCUAUCAAAUAAAUUGUACAUGACAUGGUGAUAUAAUUUUAUAUUUCAUUAGGCAGUUCAAAAUACCAAAUAUCUGACGAGGAAUAAUGAAAGGAAAAUGUUGUUUUUGGUCUGAACGAUUUCUUUUAUCUACAUUUUCCAAGAAAAUACAUCGAACUACAUUGUUCUCAUUAAUUUGCAUGGCUAGGGACAGUGUUGUCUAUUUUCCGUGGUCACUCAUAAUUCCUAAUUAUUUUAUUUUGACAGGUUUUGAAAAAAGUACAAACAAAAGUACAAUCCGAUACAAAAUACCUGCCGAAAGGGUAUGUAACAUUUUAUUUUUAUUUUUUGAUUUCAUGGAAUUUUCCUUCUGGAAAGGUUUGUGCAAUCUUGAUUAUUAACAUGUUUCUCUUCAAAGACGAAGUUGAAUUAACGGAUAUUUUGAAAAACGAAUUUUAAUUCCAAGCAGUUUUCCAUAAGAAAUUUUCGUAUAUAUGGGAUCGCAUCCUCGAUUAAACAAUCCAGUUGGGUCGUGUAGUGAUCGUUAUUUAUCCUUUUUACUCAGUAAAUAAAUAAAAGACACCUUUCUAACUACCUAUUGCAUUUUAAACAAGUUUCCCUCGCUAUAGUCCCAGAGACUACUCGUUCUACACAUUCCUAUGAGGAAUUAAGAAAAUUGGCUUUAUCUUCUUUUUUCAUUAAAUCAAUUUUGUCUUUUUCUGCUUAAAUCAGUCAAUAAUUAUUGAUUUUCUUGAUAGGGGGACAACCAAGCUUCUGUUUCAAUGGUGUUCCAUUCUAUAUAGAACAAUUGAUUAUCCUUUUGUAUACUCCUACAUAUAACAAUACCUUCUCCGGAUUAUCGAGGCGUCUGGAUUAUAGAAUACCAUAUUUAAUGGUAAUAAAACACAUGUUCAACCUUAGUUUCUUUAAUCAAUUUUUUACAUCAUAUCAUAAAGACAAAAAUGUACAUGUUCAAAAUUACGAUCAUGUAAGAAAAACUGUAAGCUAAUAUAAAACAUUAGUUAAUUAUUCUUGAAAAAGUCUUCAAUAAUCUUCUGUUCAUAAUCUUCGAACUUCAUUGCAAAAACCCGGCCUCUAAGUCGACAGAGAAACAAUUUUGUGGGUAUAAAAUUCUUCACCCCGUUUCAAAGCAAUGUUUAAAACUCCUACUGCCUUUGAAUUACCCACUUUUGUGGAGGUGAGAACUUCAACGCUCUCGCUCAUCGUCCUCACACAUUGCCGUUCGUACAAUCUCCACAUCAGUUUACACUUCAUAUCUUUGUAAAUCGCUUUCGCAACUACCAGAAACCCAUUCUUGAGAAUCAUUGGGUCCCCCUCAAUCUAUUAAAAAACUGGGCUAAAGGCACAUCAUCUUCUGGUUCAUCAUUAUAAGUACAAAUUCUUCCUGGAUUUGUUAAUUAGCGAUGCCUUAACAUUAACCAAAAGAAAAACUGUACCCUUCAAAGUUAUCUAUUUAAAUGAGUCCAUGAGGUUCUCAGAAUAACAUACAGUUAACCAAGUAACAUUUUGUAUAACUGAUCCAUUGGUUGUAUAGACGCCGUGGUGUUAGGUAGUUGGAACAUUACAAAAAAUUUGCCGUCUCCAGAGACAAGUUCAUCUGCUGAUGGAUGCCCAGGACAAUUAUCCAACAUUAACAGUGCUUGGAGAGGCAAAAGAUGGCAGUGGACCGCGGGAACUAAUUCCGUUUUAAACCAACAAGUCUUUUGUUAACCCAAGCAUUUUUUUGUGCGUGUUCAUUUAAAUGCCCGCAGGUUUUUUUAUUUUGCGACAACAAUCAAUUGAAUUUUAUGGGUUCCGGCCGCUUUUGUUGAAUUUUUUUCCCUAAUAACUUUUUGUUUUUCUCGUUGGAAUGGUCCGAUAGCGGCUUCAUCAUUUGACAGUUUGUCAUCGGCCAUCUUAUUCCGUGACGUUUUUUAAAUCCGAUAUUGGAGUUUGUAAUCUGGCGAUGAAUAAUACGAGCUUCCUCACAAAUCAUAUCACCAAUUACGGGACCACGUUCUGUUGUCUAACACACACAAAGAUUGUGCCUUUGUUUUUCUUUAUGUCGCCUUUAGUUGACCUGCUUACAUCAAACUUCCGAGCAAUGACAGAGUAGCGGUCAUCCCAUCCGCAAUUUGUCUUUUAAUGUUAAUGUUGAAUAUUUACGUGGCGGCGCCAUGAUGUUAGCGAGCGCGCAAAAUUAACACUAUACGUACUACACAAAAGGCGAUAAAUAAAAGACUGACGACGCAUUGGCUCAUGGCAGCCCUCACUUAUAACCGCCCAUUGCCCUGCCGGAUUACACCAAUCGCCGAAAAAGCGGGAGUCCGGUUUGCCGAGGCCCUACUGUACUUAUGUUGUCCUCGUUUUUUGGUAACUAUUUUGAUUUCCCAUAUUCUUUGUAGCUUCUUUUCAACUUCUAAAAGUAUAUUUUCUUUAUUCUGUCCAUCCUUUGGUUGCUCUCAAAUAUUUCAAUUUCUAUACCCAUAUAUUUCCAUAAGUGUGUAUUGAUCUGAAAACUAGUUUGAAUGCAUCAGUGGCGGAUUUACUGUUUUGCCGCCUGUAGGCUAUUCAUCUUGUGCCUCCUCCAAUCACCUCUGAAAUUGAAUACCUUAUAUCUAAAUUAUUCAAAUUACAUUUUGUAUCAAUGGAAUUUCAACUUUAUAAUUGGAGAACUAACUUUUUUUCAUGGCAAAUGGUUGUUCAGAAACAAAAUUUUUAACAUAUUUUACAAAUUACUUUUCUUUUUAUAAAAAAUUUAGAAUUCAUUUUCUACUUGGGAACAAAUUUUUUUUUAAUUUGGUAAAUAAAUUUGCCGCCCCUUGAAAUUUGUCGCCAUAGCUACAGCUUACUCAGCCUGUUGGUAAAUCCACCACUGCCCAGCAUUUUGUUCUGUAGCAGUAGGUAUUUGUCGUUGCGUAAGAUGUGUCCUAUGUAAGAUGUUUUUCUUAUCUUAAUAAUUGUCAACAGCUUUCUUUUACGAGUCCAGGGUCUCUUCAGGAUGCGUUUAUAGAGCCACAUUUCAAAUGCCUCAAAUUUUUUUUAUCAUUUGAGCUUUCAAGGUCCAAGUUUCCACUCCGUGCAGCAGUACUGACUAACAUUCCAUAAAUCCUAUUCUGAUUUGGAGGUUUAGAUUUCUGUUUGCAAACAUUGAAAAGCACUUGACAAAUGCCUUGCGAGCCAUUUCAAUUCUGAUAUCUAUUUCGUCGUCUGGAUCCAUUUGAGCUUUUAUGACUGAACCAAGAUACUUGUAUUUUUGCAUCAAUUCUAUUUGUUUUCCAUUCAGUAUGAGAAUAGGGUUGAUAAUGAUAUUUUGGUUUUCACUUAUAAUCAUGAAUUUAGUGUUUUUAAUAAUUAUAGUGAGUCCUAGAUUUGCACAUUCUCGGUUGAUUCUUUCUAAUAGGAUUUGAAGAUCUUGGCUCUCAGCUAUUAUAGCAGUAUCAUCGGCGAAUCUUAAGUUGUUGAUUAAUGUACCUCCGAUGUUUACCCACUUAUGUCUCUCCUUCAACACUUUCUGAAAGACAAACUGAAAAUAUAGAUCAAAUAGUUGUGGAGAAAGAAGGUAGCCUUGGCGAACUCCCUUUUAAAUUUCGAUUUCAUCUGUCACCAUGUCCUCAUCACGUACCACUGUCGUUUGAUUGUAAUAGAUAUUUUUGAUUAAUCGUAUAUUGUUGGAUCGAAAUUAAUAGUUGUUAAAUUCUCCAUAAGUUUAUCGUGUUGAACUUUAUCAAAGACCUUCUGGAAAGCAAUGAAACAGACAUAUAAAUUUUUGUUCUUAUUCUCUGCACUUCUGUAGUAGUACUGUGAUUGUGAAUAAUGGUAAUAUAAAGCAUUAUUCGCUAACAAGCCCAUUGCAAUUGUAAUAAUCCAAUGUGGCUAUCUUUUUUUUAAUAAUUUUAAAGAAUUCGCUUUGAAAUUUAGGUUGUUGCGCCUCUGCUGGUUGUAUGCUUCUUAUUACUACGUCUAGUUUUUGUGUGUAUGAUUUACUAUCUAAUUAUGUGAUUUAUGAAUAUGUUAAAAAGGGUAGAGCUUAACGAAUCUUUAGUUCCAAAUUCUUCUGUUGUUCUGUAAUUUUUAAAUUUCUCCAUACAUAUAUUUUUUAUAGUUUGGAUAAGUUACUUUUCUUCCAAAUAUUCCAAUUUUUUUUGUUAGCUAUGAAAAGCCAAGCUUCCGUUUCAAUGGUGUUUUAUGUCAUAAAAAAACAGAAUCUUAGUAACAGGCAACAUUCAUUUUUCCUACUUCGUUUCUUAGAAAAUAGAAUUCAUUCUGAUUUCUUUAAUAUUUGUUAUUGCAAAGCCAUAUCGAAAAAUGUAAAUAUCUCAUUAAUUUUAGCCAAAAAUUAAUGGUUAAAAUUCGUUUUUCUAGGCUGGCAGGUUCGUACAACUCCUUUUUAUAUAUUUUGAUUAAAUAAUCAUAUUUUAUUGAAAGGUAAGCAACCUACCCUAAUAUACCUUUUUGUAAAUUAAUAUUUUUGAAGGGUCAUCCGCUCAUUUAUACAUAAAAAUAAAUAUACCAGGCAACAAUGAAAUAUUUAUUAAGGCUUCUGUAAAUAAUUUAAGUAAAAUUAAUACGCGCGUUUGACCUUGUCAAAAUGAGUGAUUUGUAUUCAGCUAAACUAUAUAAUAAAUGUUGUUUGUAAUGAUGUAAUCAAUUUAGAUUGAGUAAAUAUUUAUCUCUAUUUCAUUGUAAUUAGUAUUAAAAACCAGCUGACCUUAUCACUUCUUAUAACAAUUUUGUUUCAUAAAAAAAAGUAAUUGACAACGAUUUUUGUUUUUAUUUCCAAAUCUAUUUAUAAUUUUUUAACUGAUUUUAGUUUGUUCCUAGUUGAAUACAAGGCACCGUAAAUUUUUAAAUUAUAUAGAGUGUAUGUAUAAUAAGUUAUUAAUAACAUUUUGGAAAGAGCAUAUUGUAAUUCAGCGAAGGUAGGUCAUAGAUCAAUUAUUAUAUAAAAACGUAUUAGCGAAAGUUUGUGAAGUCUUCUUAGAAAAAUGUGAGACGUGAAAAGGUACGCAAAUUUUAUUAUUCCUCUAUAAAAAUACGGUGAAUGGGUCUUACAUUCUUUAGAAGAUUGAAACCACAGUAUAAGUGAACAUUUGAAUGUUUUUUAAAAAAAGUUGUAAAUAAUCUUUCAUUUUUGUUAAUUUAAACUGUUAGACAUAAAACGAAAAAUCUAGGUAAAUCACGUAAAAAUAUAGUGGUAACCAUUUUUGUAAUGUUCCUUAUAUUGAGCUCCAAUCUGACUAAAAUUGUGUUUAAAUAGGUUGAAUAUAUUGGUGGUGCAAAAACAAUCUAGAAAAUUUAGUUAACAAUUUCAAAUAAACCUUUGAAAAUUUUGUAAUAGAGAUACAAUUAUAAUAAAAAAAAUUAUAAAUAUUAUUAGACGGGGAGCUGGAUGGAGUUGAAUAUACAAAAUAUGAGGACCGUAUUCAGUACAUAGUUUUAAACUUCAAUGAGUUAUAAUACUGGAUACUGUCAAGGGAUUUAUUAGCUCACUUAUUUAUAUCUCCCACUCCCUUACUAUUAAGUGAAUGAACAGCACAAAUUAUGCAACGCAUUUUGAUAUUUUAAUAAUGAUAUUUAAUUAUUUCCUAUAAUUAAAUACUAAAAAAAUAGUAAAUUUAAAGAUGAAAACAAGAAUUGAGGAUAAAUUAAUCAAAUUUUAACAUAUCUUAAAUACAGUAUCUAUUGGUUUCACAUUUAAGGACAAAAACAGUCUAUGGAUUCUUUUGCAGAAUAGCAGAGCAAAUUUUUCAAUUAUGUUGAAAUUUUUUAAUUAGGUCCGAUGAACAAAUAUCAUACCGUCCAGGAAAUAAAGUUAUUAUAUUAUUAAUUUAAAAUGUCUUAUGCAUUUGUAUCAAAGUACGCAGAGGGGAAAUAAAAUGGGGAAAGGGAAAGUAACCAUUAUAGCUGUGGGAAAUGUGUGUUUUUCUGUUGUUGGAUGACUCACCUACAAGAAUCUGAGUAUGUUUGCCGGUCCUGAAAUUUUACAUAAUCUAUUACUUUUGUGUCUUUUGAGCAACUAGUGAGGCCCACUUAUAAUUCACUCUAAUGGAUCCAAAUAUUAUUAUUUUAUCGUUACGUAUCGGGGCAAAAAUCAUUUUCUUAUAUGGUCUACACUUCACAUAUGAAAACUGCUUUCGUACAGUCAAAUCCAAAAUAAAAUUUUUACGCUCCUUUGAUAAUAUAUUAUGUCAAUUAUUAUCACCCACAAUAUGUUUUCAGAACACGAUUUCAAGUUUUCUAGUGAUACAUUUCGAAAGAAUUGAAAAUAAUUUCCAUUAUUUAAAUCUUUGGACUGUUUACGAGUAUUAACAUUAUCACUGAAACAUUAAUUGUUGCAGUUUAUGUAUUCAUUAUUCGAAAUGCCCUAUCUAUAAAAGAUAUCUUUAUUAAUAAUCUAUGAAAUUUAUAUUAUUUUUUACAACUCUGAUGGAAUAAGCUGCAGUUACCUCAUUCUUCUCAAAAACCUGGAAAUAUCUAAUUGUGUUGAGGACUCUUUUCAAUUGAAUAUCUUUGUUCACAUACUUGGCUCAGCCACCACUUUACUAACAAGUUCCAGUAGUUUAUAUCCGUCUUCUGUAAACUUGAUCAACAGUCAGAAAUAUUGUUGAUAUAGAAUAUUUUGGAUGGAAUAUUUUUUUACAUACCUCCACUAAGCACCUAUAUGACACCUACGUUUAGAGCAACUUUAGUACUGAAUGGUAAGAUGAAGCUUUCGCGUUCCUUCAAUUUAGAUAAUAUCAGUUCACCUGUAUUUUAAUAUUUGACAAAAUGUGGGCUUAUUGGAGGUUUUCAUCUUGUUACAGUAUUUCUUUUAGUUUCAAGUAUUUUAGAGGAACACUGGGUCUAUUCAAUUGUUAUCUACAAUUAUUAACCAAACAUUGUCGUUGUCGAUGGCGACUGUUCUUGAUAGGUAGUAAAAUAAUGGGUUUGCAUAAAGCUGUAGUUUCAUGAUUGUUUUCAAUACCUUCAUGUGGUUAAUAUAUUAUUGGUUACAACCCUUCUAUUGCUAUAAGUUUCUCAAAUACGGUUUGAAAUAUUUACUAUUACCAUCAUUGAAAGGUUAUCAUUAUUUACCUGGUUGCCCAAAGAGACAAAAAUUCGAUUUUUUGUUUUAGUUCAUAAAUAAAAAUUCACAAAAAAACUUAUACUUCUUCGUAUUAUCAUAGUUUGUACUAUGACUAAUAUAAGAAGGACAUAUCUGUUAUAUGACACAUAUUUCACAAUUUUCUAUUUCUUUUGCACCCCAGAAUAUAUUUCCUCUUAUUUAAAUGCUAAAUUUUAGAUAAUUUUCUUGGAUGAAUCAAAUAUGGAAGGUGCUUUUUAGCCAAAAUAAUUGAGUUGCUGAAUUUUAUUUAAGUUUGUUCACCCUUUUGUUUUUUCAUUUCGUACAUUAUAGUAUUGGAAAAGUUGUUUUAAAUUGAUUUGAUUAGUUAUUUAGUUAUUAUCGAACGUAUUAAUACAUUUUUUGUAUGAAGUACUCAUAUUUCCACAUACUGAAUUCAGAUUGAUUGCACUAUAGAAGCACUUAACUAGUAUGUACUUGGUCAUAUGUUAACUCAACAAAGUUUGAUCAGAAUUAUAAUUACAUUAAUUAUAUUACAUUUGUGGAGUUGUAAUUAAAGCUUCACAAAAAAUAAUUUAUUGUUAUUUCUUACUGUCAACUACUGAUGUAAAAAAUACCGAUACAUAAAAAUGUAUGAAUUUAUAAACCAAUGUUUGAAACAAAAUUUUAAAUUUGAAUAGUGUGUUUUUCCUCCUAUGAUAUUAGACAUCUAUAGAUACUCUCAAUUUCGUUUCAGUCAAGAGCAUUUUAUAUUUCAACAAGUCUUAAUAAAUACCUCAUGUAACUUGUGCAUUUGACUUGAUAAAGCUUGUAAACAUCCAAAGAGGCUCUAUUGAAAAUUUGUUAUAGUUAUAUAUUGCCUGGUUUUAAUCUCUUCUGUAGUUUUAAAUAAUUAUUGAAACUUUUUUUCCUACAAAUGGAGCGAAAGGCACAACUUGUGGUUUUAUUACGUCAACAAUGUACCUGUUAGCAUCAAAACGAUCUCUUUCAAUGAUCAUUUUGUUAGUGGGGCCCUCCAUAUUCAUGCGCCGCAUACCUUUACUACGUAGUGCUCUCCCCUCCGGACUUCAUAUCAAACUUUCUAAACUGUUUCCUUAUCGAAUCAUUGCUUAUUUCUUGUUGAUAUAGACACACAAAAUUUUAGCAAAUAGAAAAGUUAAUGAAACCUGCACGAAUUGCACACUAACACUUCUUGUGUUUUGUGUGGUCAUAAUCUGUCUUUUUUGCAACGACAGCAAUAAUUAUUUUUGCUUUGAAGCAACCAAACUACUGUUUGCACUUAGAGAGGGUCUCGUAGAAAAAGACAGGCGAUGUCGGUCACAGCAAUAAAGCUGUUGGAUUGAUGAAGCCCCCUGUAUUGCUAUAUAUUACGAUCAACUUCAUAGGAUCAAGAAUGAAAUUUGUAAACUGUAGAUAGAAAAAUAUUGAAUGCGAUUUAUAUUCUAUUCUACUUUUUAGUUACUGCCAAUGUUCAGUUAAUAAUCGCAAUGUCCAUAGAUUUCAUUAAUUUAUUUCAUUGCCACGUGUACAAAGAAUCUUUGUUUGGCAUUUUAAAGCGUUUUUAAAAGAAUUCCAAGUAAUUUGAUUAAUAAUGGAGUUUGCUUUAUAUACUUGAAUUAUGUUGGAAUUUAGAUUAAAUUUAAUUUUAUUUCAGAAACAAACCAAAAGAAAUAUUGAAAUUGUAAAUGGAAAAAAGAUGUUUUUUCACGUAUUAACUACGAUUUAAUUUAUCUUAUAUCGUAAUGUAAAGUAUAUGCAGGUGAUUAAAAGGUCACAGCAAUAAAUGGUUAUAGCUGUUGGGUCAUCAAUCCCCUGUCAGAAACGUGGCUUGAGACAGGCGAUUGUUUUCGGCUUCUGCGUCGCUAAACAAUCACAGGUGAUUUACCUGUUGGACCAGAUCAAAUAAUUUUGACUGUUAUAACAUAUCUGUUGCAAAAAAUUAUUGUACUGCUCUAUAAUUGUCCAGUCGGUUAUUUCUGAUCUGGACCCCUGUAAUUUACUGCAAUAUAUGUAUUUAUUCUGAAGUAGUUCUGUUAAUGAUAACAUUUUAAUGUAUACAUUGUUUGAGGAAUAAAGUCACGUUUAAAGUAA